AUGGAAGCUGUUUUCGUGUUGUUGUUGAGCGUGAAGUGUGCAAUUUGACAGAAUUUGUUUAAAUGUGACGAAAAAAGAAGGACAACAACAACAGCAACAACACAGGCGAUCAAAUCGAUUUGAAAUCCAUCGCAAGGCAAAAUUCAAAAGUCUUCAAAUUUCUAUUAGGCAUAAAAGUGAAAAGCGUGCGAAAACAGAAGAAGAAACCCAAACCAAACCAAAGCAAACCCUCCCACUCGAAGUAGAAGCAAGCAAAAACUGCAAAAGACAGUGAAACAAGAGUAGUUUUCCACUCCAACGACUACGCCAAGCACCGCCAGCACACAGCAGCACCAGAUUGCACAUUGGCGUCUUCUCCGCGCGAAGAGAGAUUGCAACACACUUUUGGAGUCAAGCCUCCAAGCUGCGGGCCCAGGAAAGCACCGUCGCGAAACCUUGAAAACCCUCCACACACACAUACACACGCACACGCACACGAACUGUUACACAGCAUCCGUUGGGCACAGGAAAAGCCAUGAGUUCGCAGUAUUCCAAUGUGGAGAACCUGUCGCCGCAAACGAUACGUCAGGUGAUGAGGGAGCUGCAAGAGAUGGAAACCACCCCGCCGGAGGGCAUUAAAGUGCUAAUAAACGAGAGCGAUGUCACCGAUAUACAGGCAUUGAUCGACGGACCAGCGGGCACACCGUACGCCGUUGGCAUCUUCCGCGUCAAGCUGACACUCAGCAAAGAUUUCCCGCAAACGCCGCCAAAGGCCUAUUUCCUAACCAAAAUCUUUCACCCAAAUGUGGCGAGCAACGGCGAGAUUUGCGUCAACACACUGAAGAAGGACUGGAAGCCGGAUCUGGGUAUCAAACACAUACUGCUUACCAUUAAAUGCCUGCUGAUUGUGCCCAAUCCGGAGUCUGCACUCAACGAGGAGGCUGGCAAGAUGCUGCUCGAACGAUACGAUGACUACUCGCAGAGAGCGCGCAUGAUGACGGAGAUCCAUGCCCAGCCCGCCAAGUGCGGUGUUAGCGCUGCGAGCGAUGCCAAAGAUGAUGAUGGACCCUCAACUAAGAAGCAUGCGGGCCUGGACAAGAAGCUGCAGGACAAGAAGAAGGAGAAGUUGCUCAAGGAGAAGAAGCGUAUGUUGAAGAGGUUAUGAGAGGCAUAAGUGGAGUUCCAGCCACUACUUACUGCAGGCGCAGGAGGAACAGUUGCAGGAACACACGGUGGAAGCAGACAAGUAAGGAAGCAAACGGAUACGGCUUCGGCUUCGGUGACUAACACGGGAGGGGACAACUGGACGGGAAUGGACGGAGGGAAGCAAUUAUUUAGUAGAGCGAUGAGUGAAGGCGCGCUAUGAAAUUUUACACUGAUCCAGUAACGAGGAGCAACCAAAAGCAGAGCUGAUGCAUUCAACCAGGAUACCAGCCAGGUGAGGGGGGAGGGGGGGGAUAGAAAGGAACUUAAGGAAGACCUACAAAGAGAGAAUGAACCACAACCACUACUCCAAAGAAAACGAACAUCCAGUAAUCAUAGAAAAUUGCGUAUUUACACGACACAUCGGCGGUUGGGUGGGCCACUCGAGGUGUCCGAGUCGGCCCUGCUGUCCGAAUCUAGAAUGUAGAGGGGGGGG